AUGCUGAUAUCACAGAAUGGGCGCCUUUGCAUCUCAGAAGAGGUUGAAGAGGCCUUGUGCUCUCAAAGAUCUAUAGUCGCCCUCGAAAGUGCCAUUGUCACCCAUGGUAUGCCUCAUUCGACAAACCUCGAAACGGCCUCUUCGUUGGAGGCCAUCCUACGCUCGAAAGGUGUGAUACCAGCGACAAUCGCUCUCAUAGAUGGAAGUGUCCACGUCGGACUAUCCAACAGCCAAAUGGCAAGAUUGGCGGAUUCAACAUUGGACACUGGACGUAAAGUUAAGGUGUCUCGGAGAGACUUGGCUCCAGCUCUAUCAUUGGGCCUUUCCGGAGGAACCACUGUCUCGGGGACUAUGUACAUUGCGCACUCUGUGGGUGUCCAGCUGUUCGUCACUGGUGGUAUAGGGGGCGUCCAUCGAGGGGCCGAGAAGACGUUCGACAUCUCCGCGGAUCUGCUGGAGCUAGGCAGAACGCCCGUCGGAGUCAUUUGUGCUGGUGCAAAGAGUAUCUUGGAUAUUCCGCGAACACUCGAAGUCCUGGAGACCAACGGUGUCUGCGUUUCCACGUUCGGACGCACGAAAGACUUCCCCGCAUUCUACUCUCCCGUCUCCGGUGUUUCGAGCCCGUGGAACGCGCCUGAUUCAAAUGCGGCUGCCAAACUGAUUCGGAAGUACUGUGGUCUCACCUUGCCUCAGCCGCUGAGCACCUUGCUCGCUGUACCUAUCCCCUCUGAGCACAAAGUGGCAGGCGAUCGAGUGCAGAAACUUGUCGAGCAGGCCAUAACGGAAAGUGCGGAUCUCGGUAUAAAGGGAAAUGAAGUCACACCUUGGCUUCUCAAACGGGUCGGCGAGUUGAGCGGAGGUGAAACCCUGCGACUCAUUGGUGCGGAGGUGGCCAUUGAGCUUUCCAAGAUGAGCCGACAACACGAUGCGAGCAGUCCUGAAGCUGCGAAGCUUGUGGGCAGAGGUUUCGCUGCUCCAAAUCGGAGUUCGAAACCAUCAUGGGGCCAGCGUCGUCAAUACAGCUCUUCGACGUCACAGGCCGCGGAGCUUUCUCCCCCGACUGUCAUUGUCAUUGGCUCUGCUGCUCUCGACAUCACUUCUUCAGCCUCUGUACCUAUUGCGCCCAAAUCGACGACACCUGGAGAGAUCAACUUGACACCGGGUGGCGUGGCACGAAACAUUGCAGAGUCUGCACAGCGUUUUCUAUCACGACACGCUGUUCAACUCAUCUCGGCCAUCGGCACGGAAGGUGGGGAAGUUGAUGCGGCCGGAGUCAUGCUACUUCACGAGAUGAGAAAGGCGGGACUUCGAACCGACGGUAUCCAAUCGGUAGAAGGUGUACAGACGGCCUCUUGCAGUUUGGUACUGAAUGAACGGAGAGAUCUCGUGGCUGGAGUCGCAGAUAUGGGCAUUGUGGAAAAGAUCGACAUAGGUUGGAUCCACGAGAAUAUCACUGAGCACCGUCCAAAAUUGGUUGCCUUCGACUGUAAUACCGCGUCUGAAGUGCUGGCCCAGAUCUUGGAGCUUUGUCUGUCACUGUCCAUCAAGACCUUCUGCGACCCCACAUCCAUUGCCAAAGCAUCACGCCUCGUACAAGCCGCAGCCUUGGUCCCAUCUGGAGAUCGUCUCUCGCGGUCCCUGAUCACGCACAUUGCCCCGAACGUCGUAGAGGCCCCGAUCAUUGCCCGUGGACUUCGUAGGAUCCGCCUUGUUGAUUGGUCUGGAUCUGUGUCGUCUUCGCCCGACGAGGACAGCCUUGACAGCCUCGUCAUGCCGCUGGCAGAAUGUCUGAGUCUAUCCGAAAAUGUGUGGAUCAAGUCCGGCCCAAAAGGCCUGAUUCAUGCCCGAUUGAUGACUGAGAUCGAAGGAGGCCACCUCAAUCCUGUCCCACACCUCCUGCGCCAUCCCUGGCUCCCGGAUAAACGUAUCGGUUACUGGCACUACGGACCCCCGGCUGUGGCAGAAUCUGAGAUUGUCAGCACCACAGGAGCUGGAGACACUCUGGCUGGCGGCAUCAUCGCUGGCCUUAUCGGAGAUGAUGAGACCAGUCCCGAGUCCUUAUGGGUGGCCAGAGCCAUUCAAGCUGCUGGAUUGACCAUGAAGAGUAGACGAGCAGUUGGAUAG